AACCGGCAUCAAACCCUUUGGGUUCUUGUAUUCCCCUAGCUUCCAUCUGGCCUUGGAAAUAGGAGCCUCCGGCCUCUGCUAUGCAGCCAGACUCUUCCCUCCCCUUUCCCCCACUUCCCUCCCCUAAAUUAAAAAUCUUCCAAUUACCACUUCCUCCCCCAUCAGGCUCGAAAGCCUUUUUAAACAACAGAUUUCUUUUCGUGCUGUCAUUUUUCUGAACCAAAGAACCGGGAAAGGGGGGGGGGGGCAACAGCCACUUAUACAGGAAUUGUUUUCAGGGCGAGAGAUUUGGAACUCACCGCGUUGCACAAAGGGGCCGAAAGACAUUCUCCCGUGUCGGUGAUUCGUGCCGUCCUUUGUCACGCAGUCCAAAGUUCCAUCCCCCACAUCAGAACGGACAGGAGCCCCCUUGUUAAUUUCCUACUCCUUGCUCUUCUAGUCCUUCCCGCCCCCUCCAGACGCACCAGUCCAGUUUUUCUCCGGAUACCCUUGAUGACAUAGCUGGCGCAGGACUCUGCCCUGAAUCGAAAGCCGUCUGGGGAGGCUCCGCAGCUCUGAAAAGCUCCGUCGGAUCCAUCUCUACCUGCUUUCUCUCCCAGGGCACACGAGACCCGGUUGUGACCCUGUUUUCAUCACUGCUGGGUUCGAUUGGUAACAACAGAGACCAAAGUUACACUUUGGUGACCGUAUGCAAUUUUGUAGAUUGUAAAUUUAUUUCUCCGAAUUCUGUCUAUUUUUUAAUUUUUGGAUUUGUUUUGUAAAUGGAUCUCGACAAAUCAUGGUCCCAAACGGAAACCACGCGAGUUUAUUUAUAAACCGGUUUUUUACUGAACUGUGGUUUUCUCUCGUCUUUUCCCACUGCAAUAAAAUGACAUUUUUUAUUUUUGCGAAUUUGAGAGCUUCUUUACACUCACGUUGUGGCCGAUGGUCGCUCGCAAGAGGCGGAACGGGCCUUCUCUCAAAAAGUUCCACCUCCUCGGGGGCAGAUCGGUAUAAAUAAAAGGCCAGGCGAGGGCAUCGAGGAAACAAACUGGACUACUGAUGGAUACCUGAAACGGCGGCCGGAGAAACGACGGCAUCCCCUGACUUGAUAAUUUCUGCAUUUCCAGCAUUUCUGGAUCCACCUUUCAAGAGGAAUAUCCUCAAAACCGAUCAGAAGGGAUUGAGAAAACAGCUUCUGGAGUCACGAUCUUCUAAGUUUGUUUGUGACUCCCAGCUUCCUUCUUGCUCAGCAGCCGCUGACUGAAUGUAGCGUCGCCCGAAGCGUCUCUUGUUAUUUGGAGCCAAAACUCCUCCGUCCCCCAGAGCAAGAUGGUCGGUCUGAAGCCGACAGACGUCCCUCCGUCUGCAACCAUCAAAUUUCUCAGUGCCGGGACCGCGGCAUGUAUAGCUGACCUUUGCACUUUCCCCUUGGACACUGCAAAAGUCAGGCUUCAAAUCCAGGGAGAAUCGAAAGCGUCCAAGGCCGCGAAGAAAGUCAAAUACAAGGGCGUCUUGGGCACCAUUACCACCAUGGUGAGGAUGGAAGGGCCCAAGAGCUUGUACAACGGUCUUGUGGCGGGGCUCCAGCGCCAGAUGAGCUUCGCGUCCAUCCGCAUCGGCCUCUACGACUCGGUGAAGCAGUUCUACACUCCCCAGGGGUCAGAGAAUACCAGCAUCUUCACUCGACUUCUGGCCGGCUGUACCACGGGAGCCAUGGCAGUCACGUGCGCCCAGCCCACCGAUGUGGUCAAGGUGCGCUUCCAAGCGCACAUCACGGUGGUUGGGGGGCCCAGGAAGUACAACGGGACAGUCGACGCCUAUCGAACGAUCGCCAGGGAGGAAGGGGUGAAAGGCCUGUGGAGAGGGACUCUGCCCAACAUUGCCCGCAAUGCCAUCGUGAACUGUGGGGAGCUGGUGACCUAUGACCUCAUCAAGGAAUCCCUGCUGAAAUAUCACCUCAUGACCGAUAAUUUCCCAUGCCAUUUUGUCGCCGCCUUCGGAGCUGGGUUCUGCGCGACAGUGGUCGCGUCACCAGUGGACGUGGUCAAGACGCGAUACAUGAACUCCAUCCCCGGCCAGUACAAAAACGCCCUCAACUGUAUGCUGACCAUGGUGGUAAAGGAGGGCCCCACCGCGUUUUACAAAGGCUUCAUGCCCUCAUUCCUUCGCCUGGGCUCCUGGAACGUGGUCAUGUUCGUGUCCUUCGAGCAGCUGAAAAGGUUGAUGGUUCUGGCCCAGGUGGCCUACGACUCCCCGUUCUGAAGCCACAAGCGGCCCUCUCUGGGCUGAGACGGUGGCGGCGGAUCCUGCCCAGUACUGCUCGAGAGUAACGCUGCCGGGCGAACACAAGAUGCGACUGUCCGCUGACGUGAGCCUUCCUGAGACGUUCUUGUCUGAAAGGGCGAGAUGCAAAUAUCAGUUAUAUUAAUUGCUUCGAUAUGGACCACGCAGCCCAACAAGCAAAAACUUUUAAAAACAAGCGUGAGACUGUGAAAGUUCCUCCUGAUGUGGACCCAGGAUUGCACGCUGGUACGUAUGCAGUAAAUAUGUUCGGGGCUGUAUUUUUCCUACCAAGAUACAGUGGGGUUUCGUCCAGCCCUCCCUGUGCUCCAAUGGGGUUAUUUGUCGAAUCUAACAUUCACCUACAAGGCAGCAGUCUAUAUUCCACACUAUAUUCCCUCCCUUAACAAUCAUCCCCCAAAACAAAAGCAAUCUCACAGGCUUCACAACUCUCCCACGGUCAGACCCCUGAUAAGGAGCAGGUGUUGUCUGGCUGGCUGGCUGGCUGAGAAACGUGUGACUACCUGUCUCCA